UAUGAAAGCAGUGCACUGUCCCAUCGAUACCUCUCUGAAUUUUACUCAGGCUAAUAAACUCAUACGGGAUUUGAAACCAGAGCACUUAGUAAUUCCUGAGGUUUAUAUACAGCCCCCUGGAAUGGCACCACAUAGAACGGAUCUUGUCAUCGAAUCCAUUGGGGAAAAACCCUUGAUUACUUUUAAACGCGGAGAGGUGAUAAAAUUGCCAUUAAAGCGGAAGAAGGGCCGUGUAUUUAUCGAGCCGGAAUUAGCUAGCAAUAUUGUACCGAGUGAAGUACGACCUGGUUUAAGUCUCGCAUCUGUUACCGGCGAACUUGAUGUCAAGGACAAUGUGUAUACUAUAAAAAAUGUAGAGGAUAAACUGACUGGAAAGAGGAAAAUGUCAUUGGGUUCGCCUGCGCCCAUCAUGGAAGAAGUGCUAAAGGAACGAAAGCAUGAGUAUGGAAAUCUAGACCCACAAGAAUUGCUGCAAAAGCUGAAUCAGGAAGGUUUUCAUGGAGCCAAAUUACAGCACAGUCCUACCUCUACGAGUAUUCAUUUGCAAGACGAGGACACUCUGAUUCAGAUCGGAGAUAACUCUACGCACAUUUUCUGUAACGGUGAUCAAAAGAUCCGUAAACGUCUCAGAAGUAUAAUAAUGCAGUGUCUGAAAAGAUUUUGAGGUACA